CGCUAUUUAAAAAAAAAAAAAGUAAUGAAGCGCAGAAGAAUUAAAGGGAAAGUCACCACAUAAUUAUUUUUAAAAACAGAUAUACAACCCAGUUUAAAUUAAAAAAAAAAAAUACAUAUUUAUAUAGUACAUUCUACCGAAUAGUAUACAUUGUUUUUGCGGGGUGGUAUUUUAAAACAUGUUACAACUUUGUGUGUAGAAUAGAUAGAGAAUAAUGCAGAUAUGGAUUUCCCAUGGCUACUGCGUGGGAUGCAUCUUGUGAUGUGAAGCACGAUAUUUCUAGACAUCACAAUAUGAAUGACGCUUCAGAAGAACAAAAUAAAAGUGCACUAAGUCAUAACUCAGUCAUCAUAGGUACAGUUGAUUGGCUGUUUCUCUAUUUCUUUCAGGUGUGAAAUGUCUUUAGCAAUCUGGAUUUUGGUGUGAUUAGUCAGUGGGUGUGUCCGCCCGUUUUAACAUAACCUAUAAUGUGCAGAAUGUGAUUUUGUCUAAUGAUACCCGAUUCAUUGUGCAUCCUCUCUAAUUUAUUUGUUAUUUUUUUAACUUUUUUUUUUUUUUUUUUGCAGCCUGGCUAUUUUCUAUAACACCGUGCACUUAUGAAUGGGACGGACGGUGACAAGGUUAUUGUAGAUUGCUAAACAAUACCAGUGGCACUGGAACAAUUUUUAAAGUGGGGGAGCUGUAAGCCAUUGAACAAAACUGUAACCCCUGUAUAUGAUGGAAGCCAUGCAAAGCUAGAGGGUACUACACACCCCAAGCACCCCUAGUUCCAGCACCCUUCAACAAUACACGUGCCAAUGCCCUCGACCGGUAAGCAUUGCCUAGCCUAGUUUUCUAAGUGCAGAUUAGUUGCAGGUCGGAGGUUAGGAUGUGAGAGAAGGAGGAAUCUCUAAGACCCUAAGCUUCUUUGCAUUAAUUAAUCAGCUGGAGCCAUACGUGUGUCAGAAACAGUGUUAUGCAGCCAGAGGACGGGAAGAGUCAAAUGAUCCUCGGUGGACGAGGUAAAACCGUUUAACUUUGCUCCCCUGUUUCGACUCGACAGCUCAAAGAUGCUAUUGUCCCCGGUGGCUGAGAGGAACAAGGAUGAGCUGCUGCAGGUACUAGCAAGCCUUCUGGGCCGGCACUCUGACAGGCAGCUAUUCGGUUUGGAGCUGGGGUCAGGCUCUGGUCAGCACGUCGUUCACUUUGCGCAGGAGCUGCCCUUUGUCACGUGGCAACCGUCAGAGAUCAGCAGCACCGCUCGGGAGAGCAUUUAUGCCUACAUCUCAGCCACCAAGGUGAAAAACGUGUUGCAGCCUGUCUACCUAAAUGUGGAGGAAGCAUGGGAAAAAUGGUCAGGGUUGCCCAGGAGGUCCUGUGAUGUCAUACUCUGCAUCAAUGUGCUACACUUCUGUACCCUCAACACAACUGAGGGUCUGUUCAAGGGAGCUGGUGAAAUCUUAAAAAUUCACGCACUACUGAUCAUUUAUGGGCCCUAUGCAAUCAAUGGGAUCAUAUGUCCAGAGAGCAACGUCCAGCUGGAUGCCAGCCUUCGGGAAAGGAAUCCUGAGUGGGGGCUCCCUGAUAUAGACGUUCUAAGACAGCUGGCACACAAGAAUGCACUGUGCUUGGAAAGAAUGGUGAGUCUUUUUACCUUUACCCCUGUAAUGUUAAACAGUGUGUUUGUUACAAGUGCUUCACUUGUUUUUUCUUUCGUGCUUAUGAAAUACUGAUUUUACUCUCAUUCAGAACCAAAAUUCUAAAAUGAAGUAAAUCGUCAAAACAUGGAUAAAACCAAUUGAUCCUACACUCAUGUAGUAAGAAGUCUGUAUAAGUCUAAAAUGACACCAUCUUCUGUUUUUUGUUUCAGAUUGAAAUGCCAGAAAGCAACAAAUGUCUGCUCUUCAGAAAAAUAGAACUAUAAGAAAUGGCAAAAUAGAACUAUGGCUCCAAAUGUAUCUAACAUUCCUCUCAUAUUUAAUCUGUGGUUGCAUUUUAAUGUCAAGAUGCAGACUUCACAUUGUAUUUUAUUUAGCAUAAAGUAAUGCAGCAUUUAUGAAUAUUGUGUAUUAUCUUUUAAAAUAAACAUUAAUGAAAUCACUUGCUUAACAUUGCAGCAAACAUCUGACAAAUGUUUAAAGGCUGAUGGUCCUACAACCUUGCACAGGGAGACAACUAGUUAGCUUCAAAACUAAGACUCUACCAGGUCUCUACCAUCCAAACCAGUAGGAACGUGGCUAUUACUGUAGCAUCCACGUAUCACCUAC